AAAGGACGCGUUUCCUAUGAGUUUAACAACAGUGGUAAAGGAGAGGAGCGGAGAGGAGCGUUUAAUCCAACCUGUAGCAAAUACUGGGGAAUAUUUUUAAUUUAUAACUAACUCUGUGGAAGAAACACGACCAAAUGGAGGAGAAGAAGCAGCAUUCGGAGGAGGACAGCUCCUUUGAAGCUCUGGAGAAGGAAAUUCAGGAGGUGUUGAAUGAGCUCUUGGGGGACGGGAGCCAAGAGAAGAUCCGCGUGGGGUACGAGAAGCUCACCAAGGUGCUGAAAAAGUCCCUCGAGAAUGAGAAGAGGCUGAUGGGGAAAUGCCGUGAGCUGAAAGCUGAGAUCGUGGCCAACUCGGUCAAAGUAGCCACAGCUAUGAAGUUGACUCAGGAAGACCAGACGACCAUUACCUCGCUAAAGAAGGAAAACGAGAAGGCUUGGAAAAUGAUUGACGCGGCACACGAGGAGGAGCUUCAAGCCAAACAAACCAUUCAGACUCUGAGGCAGGAAAUAGCCAACCUCAACAAGCUUGUGGAGCAAGGAGCUGGUUUCAGCACAGGCCAGAAGCACAGCAUGGGUGAUCUUCUGAAAACCAACGAGAAGGUGACUGCAGAGAGGGACAAGCUGCUCUCUGAGGUGGUGAAUCUUCGGGAAGACCUAACCAAGGCCAUAGCCAGUCAACAGGAGGCGGAGGCAGCCCAGGAGCAGACCCAGCAAACUGUCUUGCAGCUGCAGCAGGAGGUGCAGGUGUGUCAGAACGAGUGUUCUCGGGAGAUGGAGAGGAAGGAGAAGUCGGAGAAGGAGCUGAAGCAGCUGAGCAUUAAACUGGAGGCCCAGCAGACUGAGAUCAAAGCGCUGAAUAAGCAGAACCAGCGCGCUAAGGACGAGCAGCAGAGGCUGGAGCAGCAGCUCCGGGAGCAGAAGAUCGUAGUAGAGAGGGCCACGAAGGAGCAUGAGCAGCUGCAAGCUCACUGUACCAAACUCCAGCAGGACAACGAGCAGAACAUUCUCGCCCUGGAGCAGAUAUCCCUCAGUAAUAACCAACGAGCCUCAGACCUGAAGAUGAAGGAGGAAGAGGUGAAGCAGGUGAAGCAGGAGAACGCUAAUCUCAGUAAGAUGAGGGAGGCCGCCCAGAGGAAACUGCGUCUGGUGGAAAACGAGAAACUGGAGGUGGAGCAGCAGACUUUCACGCUGAAGAACCAGAUCAUUGGCCUGGAAAGAGAAAUGGAGAUUGCGAAAAAACAGAUGGAGAGCUACAAGAAGAAGAUGGACGAACUGGUCAGGGAGAAAGACACUCUUCACAAGAACAUGAUCAAGGCAGCGAACGCCACCGAGAAGCAGCAGGAUUUGGUGCGGCUGCAGAAGCAGACGAAGAAGACCCUGGACCAGGAGAUUCUGGCCUACAAGGACGAGGCACAGAAGCAGCGCAAAAUAAUCUUUCAGCUGGAGCAGGAGCGAGACAAACACAUCAACGACGCCAGCGACCUCACACAGAAGGUGUUGUUACUCAUGGAGGAGAUCAAAGCGCAGCAGAUGCAGAUAUUUGAGUACAGGAAGAAGAUUGCUGAAGCAGAGACCAAGCUGAACCAGCAGCAGAACCUCUAUGAAGCGGUCCGGACCGACCGCAACGUCUACAGCAAGAACCUCAUUGCAGCUCAGGACGAGAUCACAGAGAUGAAACGCAAGCUGAAGCUCAUGACCCACCAGAUUGAUCAGCUCAAAGAAGAGAUCACUGGCAAAGAGGCCACCCUGGUCAAAGAGCACCUCGAGUUCCAGCGGGUGGAGAAAGAGAAGGAGGCUCUAAAGGCCGAGCUUCAGAAGAUGAGGCAGCAGGCUGAGGACACCAAGCGCUUCAUUGACAAUCAGGCGAUGGAGGAGCGCAAGCUGCUGAGGAACAUAGCGGACGCUGACGCUGAGAGAAUGCGGCAGAAGAAAGAAUUGGAAAAGGUGGUCAGCGAGCGGGACAUCCUGGGGACGCAUCUGGUGCGGCGGAAUGACGAGCUGGCGCUGCUCUACGAGAAGAUCAAGAUUCAGCAGUCCAUCCUGAACAAAGGUGAGCUCCAGUACAACCAGAGACUGGAGGACAUCCGGCUGCUCAAGAUGGAAAUCAAGAAUCUACAGAGGAAGAAGCGCAACCUGAACAAAAAUGUGUCCAACAUGGAGGACCUCAGACGGGAGUUACACCACAUUCAGAGGGAGCUGCUCAAAGAGAGAGCGAGAUGUGGAGCCAUGGAGCAGGAGCUGGAAAAUCCAAAGAAUGUUCAUCGCUGGAGACAGCUUGAGGCGAGUGACCCCAGCACCUUCGAGUUGAUCCAGAAGAUUCACUCUCUUCAGCGGAGGUUGAUAACCAAAAGCAAGGAGGUGGUGGAGAAGGAGCUUCUGCUGCAGGAAAAGGAGAAGCUGUACGUGGAGCUCAAGCACAUGCUAGCUCGACGGCCUGGUCCAGAAGCAGCAGAACAGCUUAGCAUCUACCAGCAGAAACUGAGGGAAAAGACCAAACUACUGAAGGCUCUAACAGCUGAGCUGAACAUGUACAGAUCUCAGGUUCAGGAACACAGGAACGACACCGAGAGGCUGGCCCAGGAGCUGCAGGACACCAAGAAAAAAUACCUCUCCCUGAAGAAAAGAGUGCAGCAAAGCAGCCUGCAGGACGAGGAAAGGACUCAAUGGGCCGGAGUAAUGAAGAGCAGUUGUUGGUCAUCACUUUGUUCGCUGUUGUUUGACUAUUAUUUAAUAUAAAAAGUGCCAUGCAAGAUUAACCAGUAGUGCACAGCCAGCUGAUCUCCCUGAGAAGGGAAAAAUGACUGACGGGACGGCCAUACGUUCACGUAUUCCAUACGACGGCUGCUGCAGACCUUCGACCUGAUUCAGUCAUAACUGAUGAAGAUGCUUUUGCGUGCAGGAGAGCAGCAGUUAACCUGCGGGACUUCAUUUUCCACUGCUGUACAGUACGUAUGCUUCCAAUCAAAAGUUUGGAGUGACUGUUGUCAAUAAUAUAUUUUGGCAUCUGCAAAAAUCUGGAUUUUCUUUUCAUAAAGAAAUAAACAACAGAAACCUUAUAGAACAAAAAAUAAAUAUGUAGAUUUAUGCAAAA